CCAGCACAGUCUAGUCAGAGCACGGCUGCACCGUGUUGUUGUUACUGCUAUGGCUGUAGUGAAUGAAUGAACCUUGGGACCAGAGUUACCACUCAAAGGGUAAGCAGCACCAUGGGUCGACACUCCUCGGACAGUGAGGAUGAUAGCAGAAGCAAAAAUAAGAAGAAGAAGAAGCAGCAGCGUCGUUGUUCGUCCUCCUCCUCUUCAUCCUCGUCGUCGUCUGGAAGCAGAAUGACCAGCAGCCGCAGUAAACGAUCCACCCGCCGUAGUCGUUCUCGAUCAAGAGAUAAGGAGAGGGACAGAAGGCGCAGAAGACGCUCCAGCAGCAGCUCGUCCCACGGGUCAUCCCGCAGGAAGAGGAGCCGCAGCGCCGACCGGGACAGAGGGAGGAGCCACCGCUCGCACCGGUCCCGCAGCCGCGACAGAAGGUCGCCGUCUCGCCACCAGCGCUCCCGCAGCAAGAGCCGCAAGCGGAGCCGCAGCCGGGAGCGGGACCACGCACGCCGGAAGGGCCGGGACCGAGACAAGGACAAGGAGAAGGAGAGGGACCGGGACAAGGGGAGAGGGCGGCAUAAAGACAAGGACAGAGACAACGAGAAGAGCAAGGACAAGGCUAAGGAGAAAGGGGACAACGCCAUCAUCAAAGCCGGUUUAGAGCAUCUGACGCCAGCAGAACAGGCCAAGGUUCGGAUGCAUAUGGUUCUACAAGCGGCAGGCGUACCCUUCAAACCUCUUGAUGGUGAGGUGAAGGACAGUGCCCGGGUCUGGUGCCCAGACUGGUAUUCUGGGGGCCAGGAGGGGACGUCUCUGGAGGAGCAAGUGAGAAGGAUAAAGGACAUUGAGGCCAUCGAGAGUGAUUCCUUUGUUCCUCAGGCUUUCAAAUCAUCCAGGGACGACAUAAAGGUGGAGCCAGCCGAGGUGAAGCAGGAGGACCCCUCUGAAGCCCCUGUGGAGGUGGCUGUCCUCCCCACGUCGAUACGCUACAACGACACGGACAACCUGGCGCACCCAAGCUUAUUCAUGGACAAGGAGAAGGCAGAGGAGCUGUGGCUGAAGAGAUUGGUCUCCCUGCGACAGGAGAGGCUCAUGGGAAGCCCGGUUACAUGAAGCCAACCAGGCACAGUGGAUGGAUGUGGGGUGGUUCUGUUAGUAUCCUAGGCUCAUGUCUGUCAUCGUUUUUACUCCUGUAAAUAGUGUGGACAACCUGCUCCGUUUACUAUUUUUUUGUUUAUUCUUUCUUAUGCAUUGACUUUUUUUCAUCAGCUAAAGCAGAAUUACUGCCAGUAGAAUACUUGUGGAGUAGUUUGAAGUGUUUUUAUUUCAUUCUCCUUUGAUAAUUUGGUUUUGAAAGAAAAAAAUAUUCACACUUUUUUCACACAAUUUUGUGUGUUUUUGACACUGUCUUAUUUUGUAUUAAUAUCACCAAUAAAGAUAUGAGAAUUAGUACAAAUGUUAAUCUUGUUUUAAGUUUGAAGGAGUUAAUAAAAUACCAUCUUUAAAGGAUUACAAUCCUAGUGAGGAUAAUUAUACAUUGAAACAUGAUUACUUGAAUUCAAGUAUAAAAUUAUCCUCUGAGCAGGCGGGAUGAGGUGGUAUAUUUAGACAUCCCAGACACAUUAUGAGCCAGAAUUUAUAUUAGUAGUAUGCAGGCUCCCCUAUCUUACUACAUCUGAUUCUGAACCUGACUCACACUGAACAAAUGCCACCACGGGUUUCUGGAAGACUGUAAAACAUAAAACAUAAAAGUCCUCUGUAUCCAUCUUUCUACAUUUUGGAU